CCAAAUAAGCAUGAAUUCGACCUACUGCAUUGACAUCACCACAGUUAGCCAAGUUUUUUCUUCCUGCUGUCUUUGUCAGAUAAGAAGGGCUUGUUUGUUUCCAGCAUUGGAUAAUGUGGUUUCGAAUUCGCAUAUAUCUUUCUGGGCUCUUUGCAGAUUUUCCUAAAAACCAUUCUGUAUUUUUGGAUCGCUCGUGGUCUGAUAUCUCCUCUUGAUUCAAGUUCUAAUAUGUUUUUAAGCGUAUGAACUCGGGCAAACUUUGGUAUAUAAAACUUACAAAUUCGGUUCCUAAAUUCUUGGAGUCUUUGAUGUCUGUAUCUUGGGCCUCUGUGUUUUCCUCUUUUGUUUCAUCAGGUGCAUUGUUGGAUAUUUCGCCAAUAACAGGCUCAACAGUGGUAGGCUUAACAGUGACAGGUUCAACAGUGGUAGUCUCGACAGUGGUAGGCUCAACAGUGGUAGGCUCAACAGUGGUAGGCUCAACAGUGACAGGUUCAACAGUGGUGGGUUUAACAAUGGGGAAUAACGAUCUGAGGAGUCAUCAAUGCGAUUUUUGGGUCGACAGGAUUGGUUGCGUUCAAUAUAGUUUCUGGAAGAACAAGACUAAUUUCUUUGAUGCUUGGCAAAGUGAUAUUUGGUGUUGAUGUUGUAGAUGAUAAAUCUUCUUUUGUGACGCUAUCUACUGCUACUGCCUU